AUGGCCGUGGAGGUGGAUGAACAGCCAGUCCAAGGUUUGAUCAGUCGUGUCCUUGGUCCACAGUUUGUCAAUCAAUUCAUAUUGAAUGUGACCGAGAACCCUGAUGGCAGUGGCAAGGAGUACUUUACAGUAUGGACGACAUCAGAUGAAACAACCAAUCAAACAAUCGUUCAUUUGGAUGCAGACAAUCAUAUUGCAUUGGCCAUGGGAUUGAACUAUUACCUCAAGUACUAUUGCCAUUGUUCAUUCACUUGGAAUGGUGACAACUGCCAGAUCACACCAAGUACAUUGGCCAGCGCACUACGCAAGACCAAGCCUGUUGUGUCCAAGUAUCGAUAUUAUUUGAAUGCCGUCACAUUUGGUUAUACGACUGUAUGGUGGAACUGGAAGAGAUGGGAGCGAGAGAUUGAUUGGAUGGCCCUCAAUGGAUAUAAUCUACCCUUGGCCUUUGUUGGCCAGGAGUAUAUUUGGGGCAAGGUGUACGCCCAACUGGGCAUCCCACGAGAGGAGAUCAUAAAUUGGUUCACUGGUCCUGCUUUUCUACCUUGGAAUAGGAUGGGCAAUUUGAAUGGAUGGGGUGGCAACAUACUCGAGGACUGGAUCACAAGUCAGAAGGAUCUUCAGGAGAUGAUUGUUGAUCGCAUGCGACUAUAUGGCAUGAAGACAGUCUUACCCGCCUUUGCUGGACAUGUCCCACCCACCCUAGGAGACUACUUCCCCGAAGCCAAGAUUAACCAGCUCGACAGCUGGAACAACUUCACGGGUACCCACUACCUCGACUCGUCCGACCCUCUAUUCGCCAACAUUACAAAGUUAUUCAUCAAAGAGCAGACAGAGGUGUAUGGUACCGAUCACUUUUACAACCUGGAUCCGUUCAAUGAGGUCUUCCCACCAACUGAUGACGAGGAGUAUCUAACAAACACAUCGGCAGCCAUUUACAACACUUUGGUCGAAGCUGAUCCUGAUGCCAUAUGGAUCCUACAGGGAUGGUUCUUUGUACGUUCCAAUCCACUCAACUUCUGGCGUCCACCUCAAGUCAAUGCAUUCCUCUCUGGUAUACCGAUUGGUCGACUUAUCGUUCUUGACCUUGCAGCCGACCUCUUUGCUGGUUGGAACAAGACCAAUGACUUUAGUGGACAUAACUGGAUAUGGUGCAUGCUUCAUAACUUUGGAGGAAGGAACAUGAUGUAUGGCAAGAUGUCCUACAUUGUCAACAGUGUGUUGGCUAGUAGAUCACGCUCAAAGACUAUGAUUGGAAUUGGUGUGUGUCCAGAAGGCCUCGGUCAGAAUGAUAUAUUAUAUGAUCUGAUGAAUGAGAUGUCUUGGAGGACUACACCAAUUGACCUAAAAUGGUGGACUAGUGCUUUUGUUGCCAGACGCUAUGGAAAGAUGGACCCAACAUUGACCGUUGUCUGGAAUGAUAUUGUUCGUGAAAUAUACACGCCAAUGUUCCGUGGCUCACCUCCUGCCGUGUUGGUCAAACGACCUCGCCUCUAUAGCUCUGCCGGUGUGUACUACGACCCUAACCUCAUUGUUAGAAGUAUGGAGAAGAUGCUUGGUGUGUCUGACGAGGACAUACUCAAGACCGACACAUUCAGCUAUGACCUGGCACAAGUGACAAUGCAGGCAUUGUCAAACAUGUUCAAUGAUGCCACUGUUUGGAUGUCAAGAGCUUACGUAGCCAAGAACCUGCUGGGCUUUAAUGAGAUGUCAAAGUUAAUGCUGGACAUCAUCACAAAGAUUGAUGAAAUCACAUCGACCCAUCGUAACUUCUUGCUAGGUCAAUGGACCAAUGAUGCCAGGCAGUGGGCUGUGGACAAGUCUCAACAGGAUCAUUAUGAGUUCAACGCGAGGAACCUGGUGACGCUAUGGGGUCCUCCAACAUCGACCCUACACGACUAUGCUGGCAAGAUACUUGCAGGAUUGACUAAAGACUUCUAUGCCAUGCGAUGGACGCACUUCCUGACCAAACUUGGUGCCUCUCUCAAUUUUGGCGAGGAGUUUGACGACGACACCUAUCAGACGGAGAUUCAACAAUUGGAGAACGAUUGGAACAAUGGCAACAUCUACUAUUCAGCCGACACAGUUGGCAACACUUGGGAGGUGGCAGCUGGCAUCUUCAAAUGGAUGAACACAAUGUCACCAUUGGCAACCAUGCCUUGA